CGCUGCAUCGCUUCCCACCAACCCACCCGCCGCCAACCAACCUCGCCGUCAUCCCUCCGACCUGACCUCCUACUAAUCCUUCCCACCUCGCAUCCUUCGCUUCGCCCCUCGUCCUUCGACCUCGCUUACUAUCUAUCCCAGCGUUCUCUCCUUACUUGUCGUAUUUUAUCCUGUGCCGCGUGCUUCCUUCGCACACCACCUGGCACAGUGACAAUCGAUCGGGCCAUCGCCGCCGCUCGCUAUUCGUUCCCACGCACGUUCCUACUCCAGGGCCCUCCUCCCGUCCCAGCUUCACUCCGACCCCCCCACAGGCCCUGAGCCGUCUCGCUCUUGCAGUAGAUAUCAGACGGCGACCAGCGGAUCUGCCCCGAGCAGACAUAUAGACUACCGACGCGAAGCGAAGCCGUCAUUCCACUUGCGCCGCCGCGACUUCCUCCCUGCCUCAAGAGUCGUGGGGCGCGCGGUCCCAACCAACUGCCGCCUCAGCUAGACCCUGUGAUACUCGUCAACCAUCGCAUCAUCCGCGAAGCCGACCCGGACGUACCGUGACAAUGCAGUACGUCCGAAAUCUUAGCGACUCGGUCUCGACAGCCUGGAACUCCAUCAACCCGGCCACCCUCAGUGGUGCCAUCGAUGUCAUCGUCGUCGAACAUGAGGAUGGCGAACUCUCGUGCUCCCCCUUCCACGUCCGCUUCGGCAAGUUUUCGCUCUUGCGGCCAUAUGAGAAGAAGGUCGAGUUUAGAGUCAAUGGCGUCAAGCAAGACUACUCGAUGAAGCUUGGCGAAGGGGGCGAGGCCUUCUUCGUCUUUGAGACGACGGAAAACAUCCCCGAGUCGCUGCAGACCUCGCCGCUCGUGUCGCCCGCGAAUAGCCCGCCCCUGCACCCAACGCAUUCGAACCCCGACCUCCGUGAUCCCGAGCCUCUGGAGCUCGACGACGGGACAGUGCAGCAACGCAGGCCGCCUCCCGCUGUCAUCCACCAACCCGGCGAGAAUGGUAUGCUGACGCCCAUCUCUACUUCUCCAGCCCUGUCCAAAGCUCGACCCGCCUCGGGCGACUGGUCCGCAGCCUUUGCGCGACCGCACAGCGAUGACCUCCUCCGGCAAUCCGCGCGCGCCACCGAGCGUGACGAUAGCCGACCCGCCGAAGGCGUGAGUGUGGACCUGUCCGAGAGGUCGCACAGCCCCCCGCCACUGCCGACCAAGGAAGCUCUCGAGCGAGCCGCGACCCUAUCCAAAGAGCUUUCGGCAGCCAACAUCCCGACAAAGGUCACGGAGACGGGAGAUCUCAUGUUGGACAUGACGGGCUUCAAGAGCAGCGAAGAGGACAUGCUCCGCGCCGAAGUGCUCGCCAGAAAGGUGUUGUCAGAGGAGCUGGAUGGCAACUACGAUAUUGGCGCCCUGUUUGGCUUCGACGAAGAAGGUAAUCUCUGGAUCUACAGCAGCGAGGAGGCGAAGCAGGCGGCCAUGAACAAGACGAUAGAAUCGUCUCUACAGGCCCACCGCCAGGCCGUGGCUGCCGAUGCCGUCUCCGAUCCCGGCUACCAGAGCGAUGGCAGCGACGUGACCGCGGCCCCUCACCCCCCGUCGCAUCGGCGCUCCGAAUCGGACGCGGGCCCGUCGGGCAUGCAGACGCCGCCGCGAACACCGCCCGAGUCGGCUCCGGCCGGUGACCCGAACCGCAACUAUGCCAAGACCUUGCGUCUGACAAGCGAUCAGCUCAAGGCCCUGGAUUUGAAGCCUGGCGAAAACUCCAUGAGCUUCACUGUGAACCGCGCGACCUGCUCCGCCAACAUGUUUCUCUGGAAGGAGGAGACCCCUGUCGUCAUCUCGGACAUUGACGGCACCAUCACCAAGUCGGACGCCUUGGGCCACGUGCUGAACAUGAUCGGCCGAGACUGGACCCACGCCGGUAUCGCAAAGCUCUACAGCGACAUCUCCCUAAACGGUUAUAACAUCAUGUACCUGACCUCGCGGUCUGUCGGACAGGCCGACACCACCAGGGCAUACCUGAAUGGCAUCGUUCAGGAGGGUUGUCGGAUGCCCCCCGGGCCCACCAUCCUGUCUCCGGACCGGACGAUGGCGGCGUUGCGUCGCGAGGUGUAUUUGCGAAAGCCCCACGUCUUCAAGAUGGCUACAUUGCGGGACAUUCGGAAUCUCUACGGCCCGGACCGCCUCGCCUUCUACGCUGGCUUUGGCAACCGACUCACGGAUCAAAUCUCGUACAGAACGGUCGACGUGCCUCGGACGAGGAUCUUCACCAUCAACUCCAACUCCGAGGUGUCUCUCGACCUGUUGAGUCUUAACAAGCUCAAGAUGAGCUACGUCAACAUCAAUGAGGUCGUGGAUCAUUACUUCCCGCCGGUGAGUACCCUGGUCAAGGGAGGCGGCGAGGAUUACACCGACUUCAAGUAUUGGCGGGACGAUCCACUGGACCUCGACGAGUUCUCCGCGAGCGAUAGUGACGAGCCAGACGCCCCGGCCGAUCAGGCCAGCCUGUACUCAGAGGACGACGACGAAGAGGCUGGCGACGGCCUUGCUGAUAGCUACAUCUCGCGAGGGUCCAUGGACGAGGGCGGUGACGACGAAUACCUGGCGCAGUCGAUGGAGAGCAUCGAGGGCGACGCUGAAGAGGACGCGGACGAGGAAGACGGGGACGAAGAGUACGACGACGAAGACGAGGCCGAGUAUGAAGAUGAGACGCCGGUGAUUCAGCCGGCUCAGAAAACCAAGACUGCCUCUCCCCAAGCCGUGGAAGAGGACGUCUCGGCUGAAUUAAUCACAGGGGUUCGUCACUUAUCCGUGGGGGGUAGCGCGAGUAGACUGAGCUAAAAGGAACGUCAACCAGAUGAAGCGAGGGUUAGCCAUGACGGAUCCAGGGACGCUGGUAGAAGAACCGGUGGAAAUCCGACACUCUCCGGGGCCGGCCAAGUAGAUAUUGUGCAGUUCAUCCGCACAAGCACACUCAGACCGCACAGGCGGCCUUGGCCAUAUGUUUUGCAUUCUUGGCCUAAGCAUUGCGCAGCGCAGCAGCAAGGAAGGCAUGAGCCGCGCGAGCGCCUCAGCACAUGGUAGUUGUUGGGGUAGACUGACUGGUUUAAGACGGGACGGCAUAGCGUGGCGUUGGAAUUACAUGGCGACUGACGGGAAGCAUGUUGGGACAGAAGGAGGGCGGCUGAUUUCUGUUUGAGUAGGCGGGAAGUGAAUGUUUCGAUAUGCCUCGCGUUGAGAUGUGUUUUUUUUUUCUUUUCGGUUUGCGUGCAGGUCCUGCUCGCGCCAUCGCUUAAAUGAACGCAAAUAUUGUCAAUUUCGCGAGAACAGCAGCCUGUGAGGAUGAAGAAGAAGAGGGGAAAGGAGAAGUAGAAGUAGAAGUAGAAGUAGAAGCCGAAAUCCCUCGAGUUUCGGCUAGCUUGUUCCAUCGUCGCGCCCGCCUGCUCACGGACCCAGCUCCGGGCCCGGCGCAAGAGCAGCAGGUGACGACGGCGACAACGGUACUUGAUUCAUACCCCAACCACUUCCUUCCCGC